UGCGCUGCGAAGUGCGACUCCAGGUAUGGCUUUCAACUCUUGGAGCUCCACCUGCAGCGACGCCAGCCUGACAUGCCAUUGGAUGAAGCUCUUCAGACUAUCGAGACCGUGACCGGCGUGGAGGCCCUCUUCAAGCCCCCCGCACCUGAAAUCCGAUUGCUGGAAAAGCUGGCCAAAGACUUGCCGGACGACCAGUUUCUGCAUGGCAACUCGCAGUGGUGUCACCGGUCCACACGGUUGGCGCGUGCAGAGCUGGGUGAGGAUCACCUCACAAGCCUGCACCUCCGUAGUGAGAUACUGGAGGCGGCACUUCGUGGUGAUGGCUGCGAGGCAGAAGCGCGCUUGGGCCUCGAUGAC